UUUGUACGAAUGAUGGUAUGUGCUCAUCAUUUCCCCUAAAAUUAUGUUGUUUAUGGAUGACUGUUCAUGGAUAUCAGCAAAUUAAUUAUUGAAAUACGCAUUUCUUCAACAAAAAUGGAAGAAGAGUCAUGUUUAGUCUGUAAAUUGGACUUUGGACUCAUCGAAAGGAAGCCAUACAUUUUGUUUUGUUGUGCAAAAACUAUAUGUAGCCAUUGCUUGUUUAAAUUUUUUGAAAAUGAAGAAAUUGACAAAAGGUGUCCAAACUGUAGAAAAGAUUUGCCCGAAGCUCUAGAAAAUUUUAAUUUAAACGAAAUCAUCAUUGAGGCAUUGAAAUUUGAACAAUUCGGAGAGGUGAGCUGUGAGCAGUGUACAGAAGGCAAUGUCCAGAGAGCAGUGAAAAUGUGCAAGGAGUGCGGAUUGAUAUGCAGAAAAUGUUUAAGUUGUCACGAUCACAUGAAAAUCUUCCGCGGUCAUAAUUUAAGCCCCAUACCGCUGAAUAAAUGGUCAGACAAUCUACAAAUGGCCUUUAGAGCCCCUUUGUUUUGUGAAAAGCACGACCAGAAACUUGAAUCUUUCUGUAGGCAUUGCGGGGUAGCUGCUUGCCAAGAAUGUCUUGAAAUUUCUCAUAUUGAUUGUCGACCCAUGAUUUAUCCAAUAGAUGAUGAAUUCACGAAUGUAGUACAAUCUCUUAGAGAUGAUUUGCAUCAGAUCGAUUUAAAUAAAAUAAAAUCCUGCAAAAAAUUAAAGGAAACACAAGAACGCCAGCUAAUGGAUACAGAUAGGGAAAUACAAGCCUUAAAGGAGCAGUGUCUGAGUACAUUGAACAAUAAUUUUGACGCAGUGAGAAAAGGAUUCCAGCUCAAAAUGCAAAAAUUUGUAGAAAGUAGCAAUAAUACAAUGAAGCAAUUGGAAAAGCUGAAAAAUCGCCACGCAGAUCUGUUAAAUUUUCUAGAAAGGGCGCCAUCACUGCACAACAAAGGCGGAUUUUUGCAAUUUACAAAAAAAGUAAAAGAUAGCAUUCAGCAUCUGAGCAAAAAUUUGGAGGAGGUAGACAAGAUUGAAGUAAUUGACUACCUUAGCCUGACAAAAGACAUUUUCAGAGAAUUACAAUUAGCAGUUGGCGAGGACUCGUCAGUUGAUUUUGCGUUAGAUGUUGCUGAGAGCGACAAUUCUUAUCCUUCAAUUUUAAACAUUUUGAAGGAAUACCGUCACUCAAAAAGAGGGAAGGAAACAGGCAUUCAUACAGUGGGAAUGUUUUCUGGACAACAUCCUCUUUAUCGUGUGACGUUUGGACUGGACACGUUUCCACGGUUCGAAUAUCAUUUGGAACUGGUCCAAAAACUAAUUGACCAUGAAGAAUCAGUGGACAGUGAAGUUAUUACACCUGAUCUACAUGAAGCUCUUCCUGCUGCAAUUUUGGUCGCUGGAAGGGUUACAACAGACAACUUAGAACUUCUGAAACCUCUGAAUGCUGAUAAAGUUGAUGAAAACGAAUUCCCAUUGUCAGAGGGACUGAGUCAUGCUACAUUGAUUUAUUUUAUUGGUUUCGAUGGUGCAGAAAACAGAAACCAAAGUGUAGCACAGGAAGAAAUUAUCAAAAGCUCAAAAUGGUGUGUGUUCGUAACAUCGGAGUCUGAAUUAGGAGAGGAUUACUCGAGGCUAAAGGAAGACGGGUGUUUCUCGGUUGUUUCCUAUGAAGCAGAUGCAAUAUGGGAUAAUCUGACUUCAGCACUAGAGCUUUCUCUAAUAGAGUAUCUUAACAAAAAGAGGAAAGGACAAGCAGAUAGUGAAGCCAUAAUUACACGAAUGCAAAAAUGCUCGUCCUUUCCUGUGGUUAAGGCUGGGCAAAAGUCAAGAGAAAUUCCAAAGGAAAUUAGUAUCAUCUUGGAAAGGUUUAAAAAACACAUUGUCAAAUAUGGCUUUCAUUUUGAAGAUUUUCGAGUGAUUGUGGAUGACUGUUACGAAUCUGAUAUAAAAAAUGAAUUUGAAAAAGUGACUUCAACAGAUUUUUGUAAAAUUGUUGUAAUAUCUGAACAAAAUUUAAAAGAGGAAAUCAAACCUUUUGCCAUCUCCCAAGCUCAGGGGAUGAAACUGUAUCCCUCACUGUCCGAGCACAAUUAUGGGACUCUCGGCUGCCUAGCAAUACUGAACAAGGAAAAGGUGGUUGCAUUAUCAUGCAGACAUGUGUGCAUAGAGAACAAUACGGUAUAUAUAGAAAAUGAAUCAGGUGAGCGAAUAGCUGUAGGAAAGUGUCUUCAUAAUCCAAAAGGAGAAAUUCAAACAAUUCAAAGCGAUCUAGCAAUUGUAGAAGUAGAUGAAGAUGUAGAAAAGUCUUUUCCCAGUAAAGGACUCCUGAAUCACAAGAAAAAACCAACAAAAGCUGAGGUAUCUCCUCUAGACAACAGUCUGAAGUUCAUUGACGACAUCGUUCAUAAGCUAGGUGCAUCAUCAAAAUGGACACAAGGUAAAAUUGUGUCCUCUGAAAUCAUCGGCAAUGUACACGGUAUUAUCGCAGUGAAGGGGAUGAAUGAUGAAGAGUUCGGUAAACCGGGGGACUCUGGCUCCAUAGUGUUUCGAGAAUCGUUCAGUACGAGGGAGAGAAAGCUGGAAGUCAUAGCUGUACUUACCGCUGGUAGAUACGAGGCCAGAUCUGACUCAGUGGAGGAAGAGAAAGAAGAAAAACAGAAGUUAAAUCUGGUCGUAUGCUCGCCUUUUAAAAAUGCUUUUGACAUUUUAAAGAGAAAUGACCCAUCUUUGGAAUCCAUCACUUUUUUCAAUGAUUGACGUCUGUCAUGAAAUACUAUGUUGUUCACAAAAAAGUACAAGUAAAACCUAUUAUUUUAGACUAAUGAUGCCUCUAAAUAGAAUAGUGUAGGUAUGUUAAUGCUUUCAAACUAUUUAACUAUUUAAAAUAUGUUUGAAUAAAACUUGGAACAAUUCACAGAAA